AUGUACGCAUUUCUGGGAGCAUUUUCGUGGCUGAGCUUGACCUUCUCCCUUGCGCUUCUGGCCCUUACCGUGGCAAUUUACAGGCUCAACUUCCAUCCUCUUGCUAAAUUUCCUGGGCCGAAGUUGGCAGCCGUUACUCGCUAUUUCGAAGCAUAUUACGACGUAGUUUGCGAUGGACAGUAUGAGUUCAAAAUCGCCGAGAUGCAUGAGAGUUACGGGCCCAUCGUACGGAUUAGCCCCUACGAGCUUCACGUGAGUGACCCGGACUUCUUCGAGAAGCUUUACGACCGAGACGGACGCUGGAACAAAUACGGCUGGGCCUAUGAUGCCCACGGAUCUCCAGGCUCCACGCUUGCAACCAUAGAUCACGACGUUCACAGAUAUCGCCGAGCCGCUAUGAAUCCUUUCUUUUCCAAAUCCAACGUAGCUCUACGACAAGAAAUCAUCACCAGGCUCUCUUCCAAGCUUUGUCAUCGGAUAGAUCAGUUUGCGACCGAAAGAAAAUUGCAGGUCAGGCUGGGCGACGCUCUUGGUGCACUGACUCGAGAUGUGGCGACUGAAUUCGUUCUUGGGAAGAGUUUUGGGAACCUUGAUGCUGAAGAUUUUCGCGGCGGUGUUGGUAAUACUCUCCAAGAAUCGGGUACCAUCUGGAGGAUAACCAAACACAUCCGAUGGUAUGGCGGAAUGAUCAAGUCGAUGCCCACCUCUUUAGUCCAGAAGAUCGGCGACUCCGCAGUACUGGAAUGCCUUCGCUUCGUUGAGGAUAUGACGAGCACUACUCAAGCUAUCCACUCAGAUCAUAUCAACGGGCGCCUAGACGGCAGCUCCCCACCCACAGUGGUCGGCGCAAUUUUAAACUCGAAACUUCCGGCGAUGGAGAAGACACCGGAGAGACUGGGCGACGAGAUUAUUACAGUCGCCGGAGCGGCUUUCGAGACUACAGCUUUCAGCCUAGCUGUUACACUAUACCAUAUAUAUAGUAACCCGGCAAUCCUUCAGCGUUUACGGGACGAGUUUCUCUCUGAGAGACUUAGCACUUACGACGCGAGCCUCGCAAGCCUUGAGAAACUUCCUUACCUGACAGCUGUUAUAAUGGAAGGUUUACGACUAAGUCCAGCACUAGCCACGCGCAUGGCACGCGUAUCACCGGACAGGGACUUGGUAUACAAGGCCUGGACCAUUCCAGCAGGCACGCCAGUCGGCAUGACUCUUAUUUCCAUGCAUCUGAAUUCUCAAGUCUACUCUGAGCCAGAAAAAUUUGACCCAGAACGAUGGGUCAACACAAAUACCAAAAAGCAGGCGGGAAAAGCUUUUGCGCCAUUUGGCCAGGGAACUAGAAAUUGCCUCGGCAUGCACCUCGCUUGGGCCGAACUUUACAUAGUUAUUGCGGUACUGGUUCAGCGAUUCGAUUUUGAGUUUGAUAUAGGCGCUGGCAGGGAUAUCAAGUGGGUAAGUGACAAGUUCACGAUUGGUACAGCAACUCGACAAGGAUUGAAAGCACGAGUCACUCGUUGCGAGUCUUGA